AGUCAGGAUGGCAGAGGAGGAAGGUGAUAGGGAUGAGGGAGAUGUGUUCUUGGCAUUUGCCCAGGGUCCCACUCCUCCCAGGGGACCCUUUCUUCGGGCCCUAGACAGGGCCUUUUUCCUUUUUCUUGCCCUCUUCCUGGCAGUGCUGAUGCUAGAGGCUGCCUACAAGUUGCUGUGGCCAAUACCCUGGGCAAACCUCUGGGGAUGGCUGCUUGGAACACCUCAAAGAGAAGAGGAACUGGAGCUGUAAUCACUCAACUCAGGCCCAGCUUUCUGUGCCCUGCACAAAGAGGGGAAGAUAUUUGGCCAAGCUCCCUGACGGAAAUUAAGAAGUGGACUAGAAGCCAGGACUCCUGAAUCCUAUUCCUGGACUCCUUCGUUGCUAAGGCACCUGAAGGGACCAGAACAUGCCCCAGGACCAGCCCUGUGUUUCUUCCUG